UCCAUCUCGCGAGAAGCAAGGCGCGCCAGGCUCGGCGGCCCGGAACCGGCCUGGGAGCAGCGGCGGAGCCUGAGGCCGCUCGCCCUCCCGCCCCAUGGAGCGGCCUCCGGGGCUGCGGCCGGGCACGGGCGGGCCCUGGGAGAUGCGGGAGCGGCUAGGCACCGGCGGCUUCGGGAACGUCUGUUUGUAUCAGCAUCGGGAACUUGAUCUCAAAAUAGCAAUUAAGUCUUGUCGCCUAGAACUAAGUACUAAGAACAGAGAACGGUGGUGCCAUGAAAUCCAAAUCAUGAAAAAGUUGAAUCAUGCCAAUGUUGUAAAGGCCUGUGAUGUUCCUGAGGAAUUGAAUUUUUUGAUUAAUGAUGUUCCUCUUCUAGCAAUGGAGUACUGUUCUGGAGGAGAUCUCCGGAAGCUGCUCAACAAACCAGAAAAUUGUUGUGGACUUAAGGAAAGCCAGAUACUAUCUUUAUUGAGUGAUAUAGGGUCUGGGAUUCGAUAUUUGCAUGAAAACAAAAUUAUACAUCGAGAUCUAAAACCUGAAAACAUAGUACUUCAGGAUGUUGGUGGAAAGAUAAUGCAUAAAAUAAUUGAUCUGGGGUAUGCCAAAGAUGUUGAUCAAGGAAGUCUGUGUACAUCUUUUGUGGGAACACUGCAAUAUCUGGCCCCAGAGCUCUUUGAGAAUAAGCCUUACACAGCCACGGUUGACUACUGGAGCUUUGGGACCAUGGUUUUUGAGUGCAUUGCUGGAUAUAGGCCUUUUCUGCAUCACCUACAGCCAUUCACAUGGCAUGAGAAAAUCAAGAAGAAGGAUCCAAAGUGUAUAUUUGCAUGUGAAGAGAUGACAGGAGAAGUUCGGUUUAGUAGCCAUUUACCUCAACCCAAUAGCCUCUGUAGUUUAAUAGUAGAACCUAUGGAAAACUGGCUACAGUUGAUGCUGAAUUGGGACCCUCAGCAGAGAGGGGGACCUGUUGACCUAACUUUGAAGCAGCCAAAAUGUUUCAUAUUAAUGGAUCACAUUCUGAAUUUGAAGAUAGUACACAUCCUAAAUAUGACUUCUGCAAAGAUAAUCUCUUUUCUGUUACCACCUGAUGAAAGUCUUCAUUCACUACAGUCUCGUAUUGAGCGUGAAACUGGAAUAAGUACCGGUUCUCAAGAGCUGCUUUCAGAGACAGGAAUUUCUUUGGAUCCUCGAAAACCAGCAUCUCAGUGUGUGCUAGAUGGAGUUAGAGGCUGUGAUAGCUAUAUGGUUUAUUUGUUUGAUAAAAGUAAGACUGUAUAUGAAGGGCCAUUUGCUUCCAGAAGUUUGUCUGAUUGUGUAAAUUAUAUUGUACAGGACAGCAAAAUACAACUUCCAAUUAUACAGCUCCGUAAAGUAUGGGCUGAAGCUGUGCACUAUGUGUCUGGGCUGAAGGAGGAUUACAGCAGGCUUUUCCAAGGUCAAAGAGCAGCAAUGUUAAGUCUUCUUAGAUAUAAUGCUAACUUGACAAAAAUGAAAAACACUUUAAUCUCAGCGUCACAGCAACUGAAAGCUAAAUUGGAAUUUUUUCACAAAAGCAUUCAGCUUGACUUGGAGAGAUACAGUGAGCAGAUGACAUACGGGAUAUCUUCAGAAAAAAUGCUAAAAGCAUGGAAAGAAAUGGAAGAAAAGGCUAUCCACUAUGCUGAGGUUGGUGUCAUUGGAUACCUAGAGGAUCAGAUUAUGUCCCUGCACACUGAAAUCAUGGAGCUACAGAAGAGCCCCUAUGGAAGACGUCAGGGAGACUUGAUGGAAUCUCUAGAACAGCGUGCCAUUGAUUUAUAUAAGCAGUUAAAGCACAGACCUGCAGAUCACUCUUACAGCGACAGCACAGAGAUGGUGAAGAUAAUUGUGCAUACUGUGCAAAGUCAGGAUCGAGUUCUCAAGGAGCUAUUUGGCCACCUAAGCAAGUUGUUGGGCUGUAAGCAGAAGAUUAUUGAUCUACUCCCCAAAGUGGAAGUGGCCCUCAGUAACAUCAAAGAAGCUGACAAUACUGUCAUGUUUAUGCAGGGAAAGAGGCAGAAAGAAAUAUGGCAUCUCCUUAAAAUUGCAUGUACCCAGAGUUCUGCUCGAUCUCUUGUAGGAUCCAGUUUAGAGGGUACAGUAACCCCUCAGGCAUCAGCCUGGAUUCCCCCGACUUCAGCACAACGUGAACAUCCUCUGUCAUGCGUGGUAACUCCUCAGGAUGGAGAGACUUUCACACAAAUGAUAGAAGACAAUUUGAAUUGCCUUGGCCACUUAAGCACUAUUAUCCGUGAAGCAAAUGAGGAGCAGAGCAGUAGUGUGAUGAGUCUAGAUUGGAGUUGGUUAGCAGGAUGAUAAGCCACUUGUGCACUGACCCCAAACCUGUGGAAGUUGUUGCUGCACACAUUGGAAAUUUUUCACCCAUCUUCAGAUAUGUCAGCUGGAGAAAUGGCAGUGAUCAUAAACUACACCUGAUUUUAAAAGCGCAAUGCUUUGAUUUUGAAUAUUUUUAAAGUCUAAAACAAAUAGGAUUUUAUAUAGAAGUCACUGGACUUGAUGAAAUAUAUUUUUAAUAUCUAAGCUACUUAUGGUAAUCAUUAUGACCCAUUUUUCUAAGACUUCGGAAAACAUUAUUUAUUUAACUGACUGAAAGUAACUUUUAAAGUUUUUACUUUUGAGCAUAAAGCCAAGUUUAGAGGAAACCUCAUUUGGUGUUUUGGCUACCUGUGCUUCUGUGGAAGAGACUGUUCACAAGUGCACUUUGUGGCAUCAUAUGGAGUGUUCUCGAUUUUUAAUUUUUACAGUUCUCAUCUUACAGAAGGGAUUGUGCAUCUUUGCUUUACUACCAGUUGACUCUCUUAAUCAUGGUGUGUGCUCUGUUAAUAUGUAUUUAAGAUGUACAUUUAAUAAUAUCAGAGAGAUGUCUGUUAAUUUAUAAUGUAUUUCAAAGGUUAUAGUUAUGAGUUUUUUCACUUGUAAAAAUGAUCAUUUGUUUAAACAAUAUUGUGUCUUGUGAUAUGUUUAUACAUCUAUAUAUACAUAUGUAUAUACGUCUGCACUCCUUUGUAAUUACAACCCCAAAAAUCUAAAAAGCUAUGAAAGCAAAGUUUUUAUCCCAUAAACCUGUAACAAAACACUUGCAAAUAUAAUCUAGACUGACAUUUAUUCUACUUAUCCCAUUUAGUGUGAAUAUCGAUUUAUUUUGCUGCAGAAAAAGUCACAUGUGUGAUCACUGCAGGGGGUGAGAGGGGUGCUGCCAGACUUGGCUGAGGGUUCGUGUAGAAUGGCGUAUGCACUGAGUUACCUUCCUCAAAUCUGAACAUUUCAUAUUUGUGAAGUAUCUGGCUCCACAGAUAAACAACUGUGGAUCUCUAUUAUCUGCUAAAUAAUUUUAGAAGCUAUUAUUUGGUUUUUUUUCUUUAAUGUGAAAUGCUUUUAUAUUAUAGUUUUUCACUUUGUGUAUUAAAUGAUUUUUAAACUAA